CCAUGCUACAGCUCAAAAUAGUAGAAGAAAAUGCUUGAAUAUUGAACCGAACUAGUAGAAAAACUCGUGCUGAUCCAUACUAGGCAGUUGAGAAAGAAAUAAACAUGUGGAAUUAUCUCGCUUCUGGAAGCGGCACCGAGUCGGUCGACGACGAAGACUCGGGAACGUUGGCUGUAGCUAUCGAGAAUGCGCACAGGAUGCGCAUCGAGCAUGUUGAUGCGCAGAACGGGACUGAAGGGAAGGAAAAUAUGCCCCCGCCUGAGAGCAGCGUCUCCAACUCACCGUGCAGCUCGAGUGGUGAGGACGGAAAAGGGCAGCCUGCUACACCGCUGAAGCGUUUAGUCGUGCGGCCGCGGUGGAGUCCAAGCCCGCGUGUGCUUGGGUCGCAGAAUGUCCUUUACCCAGUCGUUGCCGCGCCACGAUCAGCAGCUAUUGGAACCGGCACUAAGCCGACGGCGCUUCUCGUUCCGCAGCAGGCGCAGUGGGGAGCAAGUGUGCGCCUUCCGAAGGUCCUCGGUUUCAAACCGUUCUUCGUUAAGUCGGCAACAGGCACAUCAGGUAGUGGGACCAAGCAGGUACAUCAGGAGGAGCCGCUUUUGUUCGCCACAAGUAGCGAGGUUAAGGAUUCUGAAGAGGAGGACCCGACUUUUGCGUUUGCCGCGCGGACGACGAGCAAGUAUGCAAACGCUACCGAUAGCGGUAUUGCUACAAAAACGACCUUUGCCGGUUCACCAGCCUCCGAUUCACUUUCGGCGGAGGAACAGCAACGACCGUCAAGAUCCGAAAAUAGAAGCGUGAUCUUCCUGGACCUCGAGCCUCAUGAAACGUAUCUGCAGCGUGUCGAUGAGAUUACGGGUGAUGUGCAGGAGGACGAGGAGCAUGCUCGCGUGAUGGUAGAGGUUGGUGUUGAGCAAUCUUCUUCAACGAAUAGUUCGUCCUCAGCGAAUAGCAUCAACACAGUUGUAACGGCGGAUGAGCUCGGAUCGAUUCCCACACUCUCACCAGAUUCGCAACCUGCACUACCAAAUGUGUCGAUGGUUCGAGCGGAUUCGAGCUUCUCGACUGCGACAGCGGUUCCGUCGUUUUCAGUGGCCUCAGCUGCAACUAUCGAACUCCCACAGGGUCGCAAGAGUGGUGAAAUAGAUUUGAAUGUGCCCUUUUCAAGUGGAGCUUUACGUGCAACAUCGUCGUCGUCGAUGCCACGCACACCGGGCGGACGGGAGAGAAGUAGAUUUCCAGCACCGACGAAUGUAUACAAUAAUCGGCAGGGACAUCUUCAAAAGGACUUGCCAAAACAACUCGGAGGGCUUUCUCAAGCCGUUUCCACAGCAAUAGCGGACUUCCGCAUGCAGGGACAAUCAUCGAUGACCAGCGUGACGCCACAGUUGCCACCUCUGUCACCGUCAAAACCCGAAGGUGCGCCAUCCACAGUGCAAAUGACUCAGCGGACUUCCAGGACCCAGAGCGUCGAUUUUCUCGACACUGUAGCAUCAUCGAGGACAUUCGAACGAAGUGCGAGCGUUUCGGGGCUUUCACGUCAAAUGUCAAGACCCCGCUCCUUGACAGCAGAUCAAUGUGCGAGUCUGACGAGACGUCGGUCUUUCAAAAGCGAAGACAAAGCGGCAACGGGUGACGCAAGUUCCGCAUUUGCCUCACCCGCGCGUGGAAUAGUGUUUGCGAAUGCAACCGGACAUUCGAGUGUUCCCUUUCCUGUCACUGGAAGGUCUGCAUCGUCGUCUUCAUCCUCGUCUACUCUCCUUCUUCCCAAAAGCACAAGUCCAUCCGUCACUUCUGCGGGAAGGACCAAGUCCCUCAAUGAUGCAGCUGCUAGAGAUAAACAGCAACCUUCAUGGCACGCGAAACAAGCUGCAGGUGAUGAAAAGAAGUGUCAAGUUACCAGGCAUCAAGGAGUAGCAACUGCCGGUGCCACAAAUGGACUCUUUCGCAACACGCUCGGCGGUGGGCCUCUGCUUUCGCGCGCUGGGUCGGCCUCCAGUUUUCUCGCAACGUCUUCCCAGUUUCGCAUGGCACCUUUGGAAAUGAGGCCGUUUGCUAGUACUGUGCCGAAAAAUAGCAUCACUGAAAGUGAAGUCACAAGGAAAACGAUCGGCGAAAGUGGCCCAAUGCUGCGGAGAUGCUCUACAUCUUUACUUUUUGCGCCGAUUGGGGAUCACGUGUUAAAAUUGCCACCACCUGCAUCAAGCAGUGCUGCAGGAUCCUGCCCGGAUAAAGUUCUGAGUGAUGAUCGACCGCUUCUGCAUCCCUUUGCUAGAGAAGGUCAGCAUCGAACAGCUGCGGAAAUCGAGGACGAAGAUCUCUUGAAAAGAUCAAACUCAGACGGCGCACUGCUUCUAGAUGAGGAUCUUUAUUCUCAGACGGCGGGAGACGAACGGAUUCCAUCUCUCAUCGCUGAUGAAGAAGGAGAUGCUACUUCAUCCAGUUGUCACUUGCCGACGUCAAUGCUGCAAGCUGCCGAUGGAAGUGUGGCUAAGACGAGUUGUGGCUCCGCGUGCUGUGGAACACACGGGUCUGCCGAUGCAGUCGCUGACUGCGACGCGCAAUCUGGUGCGGAGCCGAGCACCCACAGCAGAACAUGUAGUGCGUCGCUGUCAACAGCGUCGGACGCGGUUGUAGCGAGCUCGAGUAGCGCAACCUCUGUUUCCUUGCCGAGUUGUCUGCACCUAUCCUCGCACGGCUCGUCAUCACAUUUGGGGGCCCUAUCGAUGUCCUCAGGACCGAUUUCACUAAUGCAAUCGAUUGACGAUGUGCAUUCCUCGCCAAGGGACAGCGGCACCGCCAGUGCCUCCCGUCGAGGCGCGUCGUCAUCGCCAUCUUCAGACUUCGUGCCACGAGAGGAAAAGCGUUACGAAGUACGAGAAGCAUGUGAGUCAGAUUUUGAGAGUGCCUUGUCAGCUUCGGUGUCCGGACUGCAAGCAUGCAAGCGUUUUCUGUUGACCAGGUAUCGCGAGAUUCGAUUACCUUUACAUCCGGCGCUCGUCCAGGCAGCGUCGUCAUCGUUUGAAGAUCCUCUAGGAAAGCUGAAGUUCCGGUCGUUCCUGCACCGUGUAGAGCUUGCGGAGCUGGACAUCUUCGACGAAACUAUAGUAGAGACGGCUCCUCAGGAGGAUGGCAAGGACCCAUCUUCUGCUACAGACGGAAUUAGUGCGGGACCGACGGAUACUGUCUUGACAAAGGCCGAUGCUAGCACGUGUGGUGCAGAAGAAGCAGCAGGCAGCACUGGCGGCUCAUCACCGGUGUCGCCAGGCACCGAUAAAGCUGCAAACACCCUGCGUCAGAUCACUGGCAGUGCCGAAGGAGGUGGGCUCAGAACAAGGCCAGAGCAGUUGCCGGAUGCAAAUGCCGCAACGUCGUCGUCGAGUGGUUCUUGUUCCGCCAUCGCUACCGCGGCCCAGCAACAAAGGCGAGCGCAAAUGGCGAAGCUGCAGUCUCAUGCUGUUGCCUUGUAUCUAUUGGCAGGGAUUGAACUCGACAUGAGUGUUUGCUUCUGUGCCUUUCCGGGUUUGCUGGCUGCCAUCAAGGUGCCGGAGUGUCUGUGGGAGCUGGUCUAUCGAAGAAUAGCAUCACAAGGAAUUGCGUCGAAGAUAGUACGCAAGAAAUCCCGAGUUAGUGCAACUCUUCUUGAGAGUGUUGACGAGUUAUCGUGUGCGGAGGAUGCUUUGCCGCCUGUGGAGGAAGACAGUCUAGCUUUUUUCGACGAAUCAGCGUUGGCGCCACAAGUUCAUCACGACGGGGCUUCCUCUUCUGGGGAGAACCAGUCAAAAGCUGUGGCAUAUCACGAGAGUCUUCUUCUAGCAUUUUCAGAUUUUCGAACUGCUUCGACACGACCACCUCCAUGUGGUCCGCCAACACGAGAAAACACAGUAGGCGGCGAAGCUGAAAAUGACGAGGCGUCAGUUGGAUCCUUGCUAGAAGAUGUGGCAGAGCGAUUGCUGGAAGUUGAGGAGGAAAGCAGUAGCGAUGAGGACUGCGGUGAGACCGAAAGUGACUCACUCCUCCGGAAUUCUAGUAAGCGACAGAAUUCAGAAGCCGCAAAAGCACCACGAAUUGCUGAGUACUAUUGCGCAUCUGAAAGCCAAGGAGGACGAAGAUUGAGGAACCCACAUCAGAAAAAGCCUUCUGCACGACGCGCCGAGCGCUUGGCCUAUGUUCAUGGUCUUCCUGGAGUGUCCGAGAUAUUGAGGGACGUGCGUGCUGGGCGCUGGAAGCCUCUAGAAAGUCCUUCUCAGGCAUGCACCGCGAUGCUCCAGUUUGACAGAGAUUUUUUCGCUGCUGCAGUUGCCGAUGUGCCAGAAGACCAGUCUGAAACUCUGAAGCAUGAAAUGGCAGUGCGCGCGCUUCGAGACAUCAGCGCAAGCACGAUGAGUAGAUUGGGGAAGCUCGGUUUCGGUCAGAAUCAAAGCGAGAAUACCUCUUUAGCAAGUUCGAAUGGCAAAGCGACCCGCGAGGAACAAACUGCUACAAAGAUUUCAUUGUCGGACAAGCAGAAAGAACCGCCAGUCUUACUAGUUGCCGUAGUGCAGUUGAUGCUUGGGGUACCGCCUCCUGGAGUCGUCAUUGACCAGGUGCUAGCCAGUUUGUGGGCUGUCCUCUGCAACGGCUCAAACAUUGCAGACGGGAUUGGACAAGACAGACCAGAAGGAAUACAGCGGUAUUGAAUUCGAAAAACACAAGAAAUAAAUUAUCUGGUUACAUUAUCGAGGGGCUUUAUCGGACAAAGACACUAUUUCUCGCGGUCCGCAAAUGAGGAAGCAGUCACCUAAGCGCUCGAAACACUGAAGUGCACUGAAUUUGGGUAUGUUGUGUUCUAGAAAAACAAGAAUAAAAGGAGAGCUUAAAGAAAAACAGCAUCAAAAAGCUUGAUCCGAUCACUAUUUCUCGCGGGUAUUAUGUUUCGCAAUUUUGUCCUCGAUUUCCGUUUACUUCAAAUUUUUUUGCUUACCCAGGUGUGUGCGCCUGCCACGUGCUUUUUUGCGGAUUUUGUGCCGAUCGGUUCUGGAGUUGCUGCGAACACAUACACGAAAGUUUCGCACCACAUCUGCGGUUGGAGCCGGCCCGGCUGUGUUGAACUCAUGUAUGGGAGUGUUUAGAAACUCCCUAAGCAUGUUGUUACUGGUUUUGUCUUCAUCACAGUUACACGGCGAUCCGCAAUUUUGCGCCAGUGUGCUCAGCGAAUUCAGUCUGUUGCUAGCCAUCCCGCUUCGGGCCUGCGAGGCAGAUCACCAGACUGCACCCUCAAGCAGCUUGAGUUUUGAAGGCCUGUUCUAUCUCGGCGAAAGUUGUAGUGCACCACCGGUUCCACAGCGGGCUAGAGAUGCCGCAAACCAGGUCUGGCUGGGCGCAGAAGAAACAGUGUGGAAUGUGGUCUCGCCGGUGGCCAUGGAUGUGCGCGACUUCAUUACGUACUCCGUUCGAACGCUGAAACACCGACAUCCCGAUGCAGACGCUGGCGCUAGUGGUCCGUCCUCUCCUACAUUAGAAGAUGAGAGACGGGAGACAUCAGGUGUGACGGAGGCUGCUAGCAGUAGCACAGAAAGGGGCAGUGGUAUUAUAACCGGAUCUUCUGGGGAGGGAACUAGUGGCACUUUAAGUGGCACUUCAGAAUCGUCAGUGAGUACUUCUUCUGCUACAGUCGAGAAAGCGGAAGCGCGGGACGAAGAGGAUCAAUUGAUGAGAAUUGUAAAUAAUUCUGCGCGCGAACGCCUGGCCAGCUUUUUGCGUUUCGUUUUGCUCACACCGCACGGACAUCAUGGCCUUUAUUGGCAGCAUCUAGUGGAGUUCACUGUUCUAGAAGCACAUGAGGCUGCACUUCGGAGUGGCCGGCGAGAGCCAGACUACGUUCCUCCUGCAGUCGCUUUGAUCCACGGUAUCACUUUUACCUAUUGCUUCGUCACGCUUACUGCUUAAAGAUUUUUUUUUCUAUAGAUGUAACUGUUGUUACUUCACGAAAAUAUUUUUUAUACUCCGUUAAUACCCGACGACAGGUAUUGCUGGAGCGGCUGCACGGCUGCUUGCGCAGCGCUUUUUGCGAGGUUUUCGCUCCGAAGAAGAAGAUGUGUUUUCUGAUAAUUGUACGAGGAGAGGUGACGAUGUGCUCGGUGAGGAGACAGUUGUGGCGUCUCAACUGAGCUGCGUGUGGCCGACCAGCGAAUUCCUCGUCUCCAACAAACGGCGCGCCGACGCUUUUCGAUUUUGGCUUUGCUUCGUGCAGAAACUUGAGAUUACUCUCACAAAACUCGUAGAGACAGUGAUUAUAUCGGUUUUCAUGGCCCUGCCGUUGCCGCAACUGCAACAGCAAGUUGGUCGUGAUAGAAACCAGGACGACCCUGCUCGGCAACUGGCGCAUGAGGUCAGGGCACAUAUCACUCCUCAGGAGUAUAAUGAGCGGUGGCGGACCCUAGGCGAAGUGUUUGCGUUUCCAACGCCCAUGCGAAGGUUCUAUCCCGGUCACACGGAACACCCGAAUCCGCCACCGACUUUGCAACCACUGCAAGUGUUGCAGACUUCCAUGUUCCAGAAAGUCGCACGUGAGUUCCAGGCGAAGGUGCUCAGCGCUCUGGGACGGCGCACCGACGAACAGUGCGAGCGAUUGGCGUGCCACAAAGUGAGCAAGCUCCACCACACGCGAGAGUCCGCGAGGCAAGAACGUCUAGCGCUGUUGCAAAUGCUACAAGAUUCUGGAGGAGAGGGAACGUUGCAAACUGAACUAGUAGCGACAGACAACUUCAUUCACAAAGUGGACGAAGAAACGUCUCGCCUGCGCACUCUCGAGAUGGAGUAUCUGGUGUCUCUCGCGCGCGCUCAGGCUAUACAAGAAACUUCUUCUAGUUCGACAACAAAUAUCUAGAAUUGGUUAGCUUGGUUUCCACAAGAAGCAGGUACGUCUAGCGUGAUGAGGAAGAGGUAGAUGAAUACUAGAGUAUCUUCCAGAUAAAAAUGUGCCCAGCAGCGGUUUUCCUACACGAAGGAGUUGAUCAUGACGAAAUAAAUUUGACGACCAAAUAAAUGACACCUGCUCUUCUCUUGUUCGCAAACAGGAGCGAGCGUCCUAGACGUUUUACAAAAUGUCCCUGUAGUAACUAAUCGGUCCUACAUUUUCCGUUAACUAGUACGGUUGCGACCAACAAUCUAUCAAGCUAAAAAUCGAAGACAUGAACAAAAGGACAUGCCUUUGCAUAAGUCACAGCUACAAUGAACAGACUCACUUUCGUUUUCAUAGAACUACCCAGUAUCGAUGAGGUAGCUACAACUUAGGCAGUGGACGGUUAAUACUCUGCCACUAAUACCGUCAACUGCCUAAGCACUAAGACAACUAAUAGGAUACAUUUCGAAAAGCAUACUGGUGGAGCUGCACAUGCUGCUUCGUUCUCAUGUGGUGAUAGUUCAACCGAUUACUUAUUUAUUAAAAGAGAAGUUGAGUUAGAAGAAAGUAGAUGAUGAAUAAAGUAAAAGUUCAAGCUGGUGCGGUGGUUUUAGGCUCCUCAUCGCUACAGACAUAUGUGUACAGCAAACAUAGCUCAUAUCUACAUUUUUGCUACGCGUGGCGUAGGUCUGACCUACUACUAAACACUGUAAGAGACUAUUGCAAGAACAUGUGUAAUCACUCCUGUCUCGACAUUGGUUCGUGAGGUACGUUUUUGUUUCGUGGUUUUCAUCAGCCUAGACGCUGUAUUGCUCACUAUCAAUAUCUCUCUACAGGAACAGGAAAGCAUAUUCGAACCGAUGUUUCUCUUUUAUCAAUCUUUUUUGUUUCUAUUUUGAGUUUUCCGGUCCUCGGGCUGGAUUGUGCGUGGACUUCUUGAGGUUAUCCACCAACACGCACGUGCCUGAACGGUUCGUCCAUCUCAGUCACGAUCCAGCGAAUGCAGUGCCUAGUCCAUUUUUGGUAUAGAAAGUUAGAACUUUUGCUAGCUACAUCGAAACAGAUCAUGACGGAAGUUAUUUCAAUAUGAUUUCUUUUGUUUUUUUGCAUUAUUAGUCAGGUCGUUGAUCAAUAGAAGUGUGAUUGUUCUAUAGAAAGACGCUGGUUCGAAAGGUUUACAGGAAAAAAGGUCGAAGUCCUCUAUGCCUUCUGAAAGGUCGCUGAUUCCCUAGUAAUCAUCGAACGAUCCCUAU